AUGGCAAAUCCACAAGUUCCUGUCGCGGUCGUGUGUCCUUUGGGAGACAGUCCGGUUCAGGUUGUCUGUCCUUCAUGUCACCAGGCCGUCCUCACCAAGGUGGACCACACCUCUGGUGUGCUCACCUACCUGCUCUGUGGGGGUCUCUUCUUCUGUGGCUUUGUUUUAGGUUGCUGUCUCAUUCCGUUCUGUGUGGACCGGCUGAGGGACACCAGACACUCCUGUCCCACCUGCAAGACGGUUCUGGGGGUUUCCAAACGCUUAUAGCCGAGCUGCAACGAUCACGUCAUCCAUUAAAAUAGUUGAUCAACAGCAGAUUAAUCAGCAACUGUUUGAAUAGUUGAACUCAAGUUUCUUUUGUCAUUUUUUUAACAUUAAAUCCAAACAUUUGU